UCCCCUCCCCCCCCCCGCUAAUGCAUAGUCACCUCUAACCAGGUUAACCAGAUUAAGUUCCCCAUUGUGCCAGGUGCUGCAUAGAGCCUGGCUGAGGUCAGGCCACACAGACCAGUCCCUUCCCAGUCCGUGAUGUGGUUUGUGGUGUGGUCAGCGCAGACAGCAGCAGCACGCUCCAGACUGUCCCUUUAAGGGUGGGAGAAAGGGAAUAAAACAGGAGGGAACCCCCCCCCUCAAAUCACCUGACCCCGGGACCAGGGAGGCUGCUGCCCGGCCCAGCCUGUGUCCCCACAGUGGAUUCAGGGGGACCGCACUGGUGAAUUGCCACAAAGCACCCCUGUGGCAUGGAUGGCCUUGCUGCUUGGCCUGGCUUGGGGUGGCUCUGGCUGGCCAGGCUCGGAGCUGUGGGGGCGGGGGGUUGAGCAUGAGGGGCGCUGUGCACAGAUUAGAUUUCUACAUGAACCAUCUCUGCCUGGAAUCCCUUUGCGCCGGCAGGUCAGGGCUCUGUGGGUACAGAGACGCACCUUGGUCCAGGAGGAGUCAGCGCAGUCCGGACCGGGAGCGGAGUCGGGACAGGCGUACGACAUGACUGGGGCGCGGCUGGCCCUGACCCUCUGUGUGCUGAAAGAUUGGCCGGGUGCGGAGAAUGACGUCAAGGCGCUGGACAGGAUGUAUAAGACUUUCGGAUUUCAGAACACGCUGGUCAAGGACCCGACUGCAAAACAAUUCCGGACCGAGCUGGUGAGCUUCCGAAAGCGGAUAGACCGAAUCCCAGACCCGGUCAGCUGCAGCUUCGUGGUCAUCAUGGCGCACGGGACCAGCGGGGUUGUCGUGGCAGCCGAUGGACAGCGUGUGAACCUGGACGAGCUGUUCGCAGAGAUGACCAACAAGACCUGCCAAGCGCUGUGGGGCAAACCCAAGGUCUUCGUCAUCCAGGCCUGCCGGGGGGGAAGAGGAGACCCAGGUGUGCUUCAAUGUGAUAAUCUUGUAGCUAACUCAGACAACCCGGUCCCUCGGAGGCGGAUUCCUACACACACUGACUGCCUCUUCGUCUUUUCAUCCCCAAACGGUUAUUACUCAUUUAGAAAUGAAACCACAGGCUCUUGGUUGAUUCAUACCAUGGUGAAAGUCUUCACUGCAAACCCCUACCUGGACAUCCUGGAGCUACUCACCAAGGUAACGAACAAGAUUGCUCAAAAGGAGUCCAAGACACAGAAGAACAUCAGAAUGAUUAACCCAGAAAUAAAGUCCACUCUGACACAAAAGCUCUAUUUGAAGGAGUAAGACUCACAGAUCAGACCCUGGGCCUGUCUAUCACAGCUUCUCCUGUCCCGUUGUGCCCAUGAGACUUUCCGCCCAUCCAACCCAGUCUUUACACCAUUACCCCCUCUGCAUUCAGACACGCACUCUAAGCAUCCAGACCCACAGCCUCCACUAGAGACAACGAGAUCUCCAGUGCUCACGUCUGCAGAGAAAAUGGGAUCAGAGGGCGCCAUUGGCCUAAGUGUGACUGACACCUGAAUCUGCAGAGAGUCUGAACCGAUUGCUCGGACAGGUGUUAACUGCCCCAAGUGUGACCAAUGCCUGGGGUGUAGCUGACGCUGCCUGAGUCUGCAGAGAGCCUGAGCCGAUAGCAGGGAGUGGUAUGAACUGACCCGAGUCUAACUGAGGCAGGAAAGUCUGCUGGAGACAGAGACUUUAAGGCUAGAAGGGGCCAUCUGAUCAUCUAGUCUGACCUCCUGUAUAACCCAGCACUGAAAAUGUCACCCCGUUACCCGUGCAUUGUGCCCUACAGCUUGUCUGGCUAAAGCAUCUUCCAGAAAGGCAGCCAUGUUGCCCAGGGCUAAUCCGCCACUGCAGGUAGGCAAGGUAAGAAAAACACUGCUUGAGAAUGUCUGAGCGUUUGUUUGAUGGAUAUUGACUCGGAGCGUUUUGAUGUGGGACAUUGACAACAGGUCUGUUAACUUUGAAUUUCAGUGGCUGCAGGCGUUAAAGAAUAUUGUUUGUCUCCCCUUGUUUGCACCCCCAGCAUUGUGCACAAGUGUGAAAAUUUAAAUCAAUGAUAAAAAAAUGCUUUAAAAAUCACCAUUGCUGUUCUCCAUCGAAAUUACGGAAACAUAAAAACUGAAUUCUGCGAGGGGUACUCCUUUCUAA